AAUUUGGUCAUUUGUAGUUUGAUUGGUGGUAGAUUGAGAUUCCUCUUUUAUACAAAAUCAGUAUGCCAGUGUUUGCUUGGAAUUGAUUGAUUUGUUUUUGAGAAAACCUUAGAUAACUAGCCUUAGAUCCGGUGAUGCAAAUGAUGAUGAUGGAAAGAUGAAAAAGAUUUAGGAUACCCACCUGUUCGUGUAGUUUGGGGGAGGGGAUGAAGCUGUUUUCCUCUGUCUUCGCUUGGUUUGACUGCUGGAAACUUAUUGCCUCUUGUGGUGGGUCUUUUGUGUGUAAGAAAAGAAGCAGAAUGUUUGCUGUAGAGUUGCCGCUGCUCUCUGGCUGCUGCUGUCUUUUUUCUUAUUUGUUGUUGAUGCUUUGUAACAAGAGGAAAACGUGGAAUGGAGUAUUUUCUGUCUUUGACUGCUUUUUCGUUAUGAUGGUGACGUUUGUACGAAAAAGAAAGAGAGGAGGUAGAAGAAGGUUCCUCUUCUUUUUAUAUUCUCAGGGGAAAUGGAAGGCGUUGGGGAAUGAUCAGGAGAUGAAGAAGAAGAAGAAGAAGAAGAAGAAGAAGAAGAAGAAGAGGAGAGGGGGUCUGCUCCAUGUCCCUUUCAUCCCUUUCAUGGUUUGUGGGUUUUCUUUUUGUUGUCUUUCUUUCUCUCUCUCUUUGUGCAAGAACCGAAGAUGA